GGCUCCUCUGAUCUUUGCCAUCACCAUCGCUACAAUAGGGUCUUUCCAGUUUGGCUACAACACAGGAAUCAUCAAUGCUCCUGAGAUGAUCAUAAAGGACUUUCUCAAUUACACUUUGGAAGGUAAGUUCUCAAAGCCUCCCACUGAGGUGUUACUCACGUCCCUCUGGUCCUUGUCUGUGGCCAUCUUCUCCGUUGGUGGUAUGAUGGGCUCCUUUUCCGUUGGACUCUUUGUCAACUGCUUUGGCAGGCGCAAUUCAAUGCUUAUUGUCAACCUAUUGGCCGUCACUGGGGGGUGCCUUCUGGGCUUCUGCAAAUUAGCGGCAUCGGUUGAAAUGCUGAUCAUAGGCCGAUUGAUUAUCGGCCUUUUCUGCGGACUGUGCACAGGUUUUGUGCCCAUAUACAUUGGAGAGAUAUCGCCCACUGCCCUACGGGGAGCCUUUGGUACUCUCAGCCAGCUGGGAAUCGUCAUUGGGAUUCUGGUGGCCCAGAUCUUUGGUCUGAAAGUUAUCUUGGGGACUGAAGAGCUUUGGCCUUAGUUGCUGGGCUUCACCAUCAUUCCAGCAGUCCUACAAAGUGCGGCCCUUCCAUUCUGCCCUGAAAGUCCUUGUUUCCUGCUCAUUAACAGAAAGGAAGAGGACAACGUGAAGAAGAUCCUGCAGCGGUUGUGGGGCACCCAGGAUGUGGCUCAGGACAUCCAGGAGAUGAAAGACGAGAGCGUGAGGAUGGCACAAGAAAAGCAGGUCACGGUGCUGGAGUUCUUCAGGGCCCCCAGCUACCACCAGCCGAUUAUCAUCUCCCUCAUGCUGCAGCUGUCCCAGCAGCUGUCCGGAAUCAACACCGUGUUCUAUUACUCAACAGGAAUCUUUGAAGAUGCAGGUGUUGAGGAGCCAAUCUAUGCCACCACUGGUGCAGGUGUCGUCAAUACUGUCUUCACUGUAGUUUCUGUGUUCCUGGUGGAACAGGCAGGGAGAAGGACCCUCCACCUGAUUGGCCUUGGAAGGAUGGCUCUUUGUUCCAUCCUCAUGACCAUUUCUUUGUUGUUAAAGGAUAACUAUACUUGGAUGAGCUUCGUGUGUAUCGCUGCCAUCUUGGUCUUUGUGGCCUUCUUUGAAAUUGGCCCAGGCCCCAUUCCCUGGUUUAUUGUGGCCGAGCUUUUCAGCCAGGGACCCCGCCCAACCGCCAUGGCAGUGGCUGGUUGUUCCAACUGGACCUCCAACUUUUUGGUCGGACUGCUGUUCCCCUCAGCCGCAUUCUACUUAGGACCCUAUGUUUUCAUUAUCUUCUCUGCCUUCCUUGUCAUCUUCUGGAUCUUCACCUUCUUCAAAGUCCCUAAGACCCGUGGCAGGACUUUUGAGGAAAUUACCCGAGCCUUUGAAGGGCAGUCCCAUGAGAGGCCCCACGAGAAAGGCCCCGUGGUAGAGAUGAACAGCAUCCCGCCUGUGAAGGAGGAGAGCACCACCGCCGUCUAG